GUCUAUGUUUUGUGGGUGGUAGGUGGGGAGACCGAAAAGGAGAAGAUUCGGGAAGACAUUUUGGAGAACCAGCUUAUGGACAACCGCAUGCAGCUGGCCAGACUCUGCUAUGACCCAAAUUUUGAGAAACUGAAGCCAGAAUACCUGGAGGGACUUCCUGAAAUCCUGAAGCUCUACUCACAGUUUCUGGGGAAGCAGCCAUGGUUUCUUGGGGACAAGAUCACCUUUGUGGAUUUCAUCGCUUAUGAUGUCCUUGAGAGAAACCAAGUAUUUGAGCCCACCUGCCUGGAUGCCUUCCCAAACCUGAAGGACUUCAUCUCCCGAUUUGAGGGUGUGAGGCACAGUGGGAGAUGCAUAGAUGACUGACCCAUCCUGAAAAUGAGUACAAUGAGAGGCCUGCAGGCAGAGCAGCCUGUGAGGUGUGUGCUGAACUUGUUUGAGAGCAGCAAAUCCUACAUUACUACAGAUUUGGGAAUUUGAGGCAUUAGUCCAUCAGGCUUCUGAGCCUUGAAUCUGUUUCCCUUUUCCACUCCCCAUCAAGAGAUCUGCUUGCUCAGCUAGUUCCCAUCAGCUCUGGUUCUGUGGUUCUGGUCCAGGCUGAGUG